UACAGACCACCACAAUGCCAUCCCAGCAGAAGACAAAUCUCCUGAUUUCAGGCAUUAUGACUAAGGGAAACCUGAACAGCUUAUGCCCAGAUGUGGUUGAUUUCAUAGCCACCUAUACUCGGAUCUGCCUGCCAGAGAAUAUCCACAUCUGCGACGGCUCAGAGGAGGAGAACAAGAAGUUCCUCCACCAGAUGGAAGAAAGUGGCAUGAUCAAAAGGCUCCACAAAUAUGAGAACUGUUGGCUAGCUCUAACAGAUCCGCGGGACGUGGCAAGAAUUGAAAGCAGGACAGUAAUUGUUACCCAAGAGCAAAGAGACACAGUUCCUAUUGCUAAAAGUGGAAUCAGCCAACUAGGUCGCUGGAUGUCAGAAGAGGAUUUUAGAAAAGCCUUUAAAUCCAGAUUCCCUGGCUGCAUGAGAGGUCGCACAAUGUACGUCAUCCCAUUUAGUAUGGGGCCCAUUGGCUCUCCACUCUCCAAGAUUGGCAUUCAGCUGACAGAUUCUCCCUAUGUUGUUGCGAGCAUGAGAAUUAUGACCCGUAUGGGCACCAGUGUCCUGGAGGCUCUAGGGGAUGGAGAAUUUGUUAAAUGCCUUCAUUCUGUAGGAUGUCCAUUACCAAUGGAAAAACCUAUGGUGAACAACUGGCCAUGUAACCCUGAGCUGACACUCAUCGCACACAUCCCAGACCGCAGAGAGAUUAUCUCCUUUGGAAGUGGGUAUGGUGGAAACUCUCUCUUGGGGAAGAAAUGCUUCGCUCUCAGGAUUGCCAGUCGGAUUGCCAAGGAAGAGGGUUGGCUGUCAGAGCACAUGUUGAUUCUGGGAAUCACCAACCCAGAAGGAAAGAAGAAGUAUUUUGCUGCUGCGUUCCCAAGUGCUUGUGGGAAAACCAACCUGGCCAUGAUGAAGCCAUCCCUUCCAGGCUGGAAGAUUGAGUGUGUGGGUGAUGACAUUGCCUGGAUGAAGUUUGACAAGAAUGGUAAUCUCCGGGCCAUUAACCCUGAAAAUGGCUUUUUUGGUGUGGCUCCUGGGACAUCCGUGAAGACCAACCCUAAUGCCAUGGAGACCAUUUCGAAGAAUACAAUUUUCACUAAUGUGGCAGAGACAAGUGAUGGUGGUGUCUACUGGGAAGGCAUGGGAGAGACACUGGAACCUGGAGUCACAUUGACCUCAUGGAAAAACAAGGAAUGGAGCCCUGAAUCUGGUGAACCUGCUGCUCAUCCCAACUCUCGAUUCUGCACUCCAGCCAGCCAGUGCCCCAUUAUUGACCCAAAAUGGGAAUCUUCUGAAGGAGUACCCAUUGAGGGCAUCAUUUUCGGUGGACGUAGACCUGCUGGUGUGCCACUGGUUUAUGAAGCGCUGAGUUGGCAACAUGGUGUUUUUAUUGGUUCAGCAAUGAGAUCAGAAGCAACAGCCGCAGCUGAGCAUAAAGGCAAGAUUAUCAUGCAUGACCCAUUUGCCAUGAGGCCUUUCUUUGGAUACAACUUUGGACGAUAUCUCACCCACUGGCUCAGUAUGGAGCACCUUCCAUCUGCCAAGCUGCCGAAGAUCUUCCAUGUCAACUGGUUCCGCAAAGACAAGCAGGGAAACUUCUUGUGGCCAGGCUAUGGUGAAAACAUCCGUGUCCUUGAAUGGAUGUUCAACAGGAUUAAUGGGGAAGACUGUGCCAAGAAAACGCCCAUUGGCUACAUUCCUUCUGAAGGGUCUAUGAAUCUGAAAGGGCUUGGGGAUAUUAAUAUGGAGGAGCUGUUUGAAAUAUCCAAGGAAUUUUGGGAAGAUGAAGUGAAAGACAUCAGCAAUUACUUAGAUGACCAAGUUAAUGCCGAUCUCCCAUACGAAAUAGAAUGGGAGCUAGAAUCAUUACAGGAGAGAUUGAAGCAGUUGUGAGAGACGGUGAGGUUAGAUUACAGUACUUAAGUGUAGACUUCAGAAAAUAAUACUUUUCUGAACUUUGAAUCUGGGUCCCCAGCUAAAUCAAUAAGCAGAUCAUCUAUACUGAAUAGCACAUUUUCCUGGGCUUUUAGAUGUAAUGGGGUGACCUUCAUAGUAGUGUAUACUGUAUAUUGCCUUCCAGUCUUUAUAUAUUUUACAGUAUGAUCUUUAAGGAUAUACAGUAAAUAGUAGAGGGAGAACUUUAAAGAAGAAGUGCAUAUUUCCCACUGGAGGUUGGAGAGAAUGAAGAAGUGUGCAGCAAAGAGGAAAUAUUCACAAUGUUAAGAGUUUGAGGGGGAAAAAGAGACAAAGUAGGAGAAU